UCCUCCGGCCCUCCCCUCCUCCAUCAGCCAUGUUCCGCGCGCGGGGAGGGCUGGGGGAAGGGGCGAGCGCCGGGGGCCGGCGGCGAGGACAGCCGUCUCUGCCUCGGGGAAGGAGGGGAUGAGAGCUGGGGGGAGCAGCGCGACGAGGAGGAGGCGGCGGCGGCGGCGGCCGGCGAGGAGCCCGCGCUGGGUUCUGCGGUAGGACUCCCGGGAGCCACCAUCAUGGUGAAGAGGAAGAGCUCCGAGGGCCAGGAGCAGGACGGCGGCCGCGGCAUCCCGCUGCCCAUCCAGACCUUCCUGUGGCGGCAAACCAGUGCAUUUUUGAGGCCUAAGCUGGGGAAGCAAUAUGAAGCCUCUUGUGUGUCCUUUGAACGGGUGUUGGUAGAAAACAAACUGCACGGCCUCUCCCCAGCCCUCUCAGAAGCCAUCCAGAGCAUUUCCAGAUGGGAGCUGGUGCAGGCCGCCCUCCCUCAUGUUCUUCACUGCACUGCAACCCUGCUGUCAAACAGGAACAAACUAGGCCACCAGGAUAAACUGGGUGUUGCUGAGACAAAACUCCUUCAUACCCUGCACUGGAUGCUUCUAGAGGCCCCACAGGACUGCAACAGUGAUCAGUUUGGGGGUGCAGACCGAGGUUCCAGCUGGGGUGGUGGCAGCAGUGCUUUCAUCCACCAGAUUGAAAAUCAGGGUUCUCCAGGGCAACCUUGCCGAAGGAGCUCCAAAGAUGAGGAGGAGGGCAACAGAAGGAAGAUAUUCCAGAAUUCCAUGGCUACGGUGGAGCUCUUUGUGUUUCUGUUUGCUCCUCUCGUGCACAGGAUAAAGGAAUCUGACCUCACCUUCCGACUGGCCAGUGGGCUGGUUAUCUGGCAGCCUAUGUGGGAGCACAGACAACCAGAAGUCUCUGGCUUUACAGCCCUGGUGAGGCCCAUCAGGAGCAUCAUUACAGCCAAGAGAAGCUCUCCUGUCAACAGUCAGAGUCAGACCUGUGAAUCACCAAAUCAAGACACAAAACAGCAAGGCGAGGGACAUCAGGUGGCCAGUGAAGCACUGCAGUCUGAUUCCAUCUCACCCAAGGCCACCAUCUCAGGCUGCCACCAGGGAAACUCGUUUGAUGGAAGCCUGUCCUCCCAAACUUCCCAGGAAAGAGGCCCAUCGCAUUCAAGGGCCUCUCUUGUGAUACCACCAUGCCAGAGGUCCCGCUAUGCCACCUACUUCGAUGUUGCUGUUCUCCGAUGCCUUCUCCAGCCCCACUGGUCUGAGGAAGGCACUCAGUGGUCCCUGAUGUACUAUCUACAAAGGCUGCGACACAUGCUGGAAGAGAAGCCAGAAAAGACCCCAGAACCAGAUAUCCCUCUCCUGCCCAGGCCCAGAAGUAGCUCGAUGGUGGCAGCGGCUCCCUCGCUAGUGAACACCCACAAGACCCAAGAUCUCACCAUGAAGUGUAAUGAAGAAGAAAAAUCUCUAAGCCCCGAGGCUUUUUCCAAGGUUUCACUGACCAAUCUUCGAAGAUCUGCGGUCCCAGAUCUGUCUUCAGACCUGGGCAUGAACAUCUUUAAGAAGUUCAAAAGUCGCAAAGAAGACCGAGAGAGGAAAGGCUCUAUUCCAUUUCAGCACACGGGGAAGAGGCGCCCUAGAAGAAUGGGUGUACCAUUCCUACUGCAUGAGGACCACCUAGAUGUCUCACCCACCAGAAGCACAUUCUCAUUCGGAAGUUUCUCUGGACUGGGAGAAGACAGGAGAGGCAUUGAAAAGGGAGGCUGGCAAACCACCAUCUUAGGGAAACUGACCCGGCGGGGCAGCUCAGACGCAGCCACUGAAAUGGAAAGUCUGAGUGCCCGGCCCUCGCACUCCCACCACACCCUGGUGAGCGACCUCCCAGACCACUCCAACAGCCACGGAGAAAACACCGUCAAGGAAGUGCGGUCACAGAUCUCCACCAUCACAGUUGCCACCUUCAACACCACGCUGGCAUCCUUCAAUGUCGGCUAUGCGGACUUUUUCAGUGAGCAUAUGCGGAAACUCUGCAGCCAAGUGCCUAUCCCAGAGAUGCCUCACGAACCCCUGGCAUGUGCAAACUUGCCCCGAAGCCUCACAGAUUCCUGCAUUAACUACAGCUACCUGGAGGACACAGAGCACAUCAAUGGGACCAACAACUUUGUCCAUAAGAACGGCAUGCUGGAUCUUUCUGUGGUUCUGAAGGCUGUCUAUCUUGUCCUUAACCAUGACAUCAGUUCUCGCAUCUGUGAUGUGGCACUAAACAUUGUGGAAUGUUUGCUUCAACUUGGUGUAGUUCCCUGUGUAGAGAAAAAUCGGAAGAAAAGUGAAAACAAGGAAAACGACACUGUGGAAAAGAGACCAAGCGAGGGGACUUUCCAGUUCAAAGGCGUGUCUUCAAGUUCCACCAGUGGGUUUGGGGCCCCAUCUGCUAGUGGAGCUGGAGAUGGUGGAGCAGGAGAAGGAGGAGGUGGAGAUGGAGGAGGCGGAGGUGGAGGAGGUGGAGGAGGAGGAGGUGGAGGAGGUGGAGGUGGUCCUUAUGAGAAGAAUGAGAAGAACCAAGAGAAGGAUGAAAAUACACCUGUAAGCAACCAUAGGCUUGCCCUCACUAUGCUCAUCAAAAUCGUCAAGUCUUUGGGAUGUGCCUAUGGUUGCGGAGAAGGACACCGGGGGCUCUCUGGAGAUCGUCUGAGACACCAGGUAUUCCGAGAGAAUGCCCAGAACUGCCUCACUAAGCUAUACAAGCUAGAUAAGAUGCAGUUCCGACAAACCAUGAGGGACUAUGUGAACAAGGACUCUCUCAAUAAUGUAGUGGACUUCUUGCAUGCUUUGCUAGGAUUUUGUAUGGAGCCAGUCACUGACAACAAGGCUGGAUUUGGAAAUAACUUCACCACAGUGGACAACAAAUCCACAGCCCAAAAUGUGGAGGGCAUUAUCGUCGGUGCCAUGUUCAAGUCCCUCAUCACACGCUGUGCCUCAACCACACAUGAGCUACACAGCCCUGAGAAUCUGGGACUGUACUGUGACAUCCGCCAGCUGGUCCAGUUUAUCAAAGAAGCUCACGGGAACGUCUUCAGGAGAGUGGCGCUUAGCGCUCUGCUUGACAGCGCUGAAAAGUUAGCGCCAGGGAAAAAGGUGGAGGAAAAUGGACAGGAGUCUAAGCCUGCAGGUGGUAAAAGGUCGGAGGCAGGAAGCAUUGCAGAUAAGGGCCAGGUGUCCUCUGCACCUGAGGAAUGUCGAAGCUUCAUGUCUGGUCGGCCCUCACAGACACCUGAACAUGAUGAACAAAUGCAAGGGGGCAAUCUGGGACGGAAAGAUUUCUGGCGCAAGAUGUUCAAAUCCCAAAGCGCAGCAAGUGACACCAGCAGCCAGUCUGAGCAAGACACUUCAGAAUGUACCACAGCCCACUCAGGGAACACCUCUGACCGGCGUGCUCGCUCACGGUCGCGCAGAAUCUCCCUGAGGAAGAAGUUGAAACUCCCCAUAGGAAACUGGCUGAAGCGCUCUUCCCUCUCUGGCCUGGCAGAUGGUGCCGAGGACCUCCUGGACAUUAGCUCUGUAGAUCGCCUGUCUUUCAUCAGGCAAAGUUCCAAGGUCAAGUUCACCAGUGCUGUCAAGCUUUCUGAAGGUGGGCCAGGGAGUGGGAUGGAGAAUGGCCGAGAAGAGGAGGAGAAUUUCUUCAAGCGUCUUGGUUGCCACAGUUUUGACGAUCAUCUUUCUCCCAACCAAGAUGGUGGAAAAAGCAAAAACGUGGUGAAUCUGGGAGCUAUCCGGCAAGGCAUGAAACGUUUUCAAUUUCUGCUCAACUGCUGUGAGCCAGGGACAAUUCCUGAUGCAUCCAUCCUAGCCGCUGCCUUGGACCUAGAAGCCCCUGUGGUGGCCAGAGCAGCUCUGUUCCUGGAAUGUGCCCGUUUUGUUCACCGGUGUAACCGGGGCAACUGGCCAGAGUGGAUGAAAGGCCACCAUGUGAACAUCACCAAGAAAGGCCUUUCCCGGGGCAGGUCUCCCAUUGUGGGCAACAAGCGGAACCAGAAGCUGCAGUGGAAUGCUGCCAAGCUCUUCUACCAGUGGGGAGAUGCAAUUGGCAUCCGGUUGAAUGAGCUUUGCCAUGGAGAGAGUGAGAGCCCUGCUAACCUGCUUGGCCUGAUCUAUGACGAGGAGACCAAGAGAAGGCUGCGAAAGGAGGAUGAGGAGGAAGACUUUUUAGAUGACAGUACUGUGAACCCCUCUAAAUGUGGCUGUCCCUUUGCCUUGAAGAUGGCAGCUUGCCAGCUUCUCCUGGAGAUAACCACCUUCCUGAGGGAGACCUUUUCUUGCCUGCCUAGACCUCGCACUGAACCUCUAGCGGACUUGGAGAGCUGCAGGCUCCGUCUGGAUCCCGAGUUGGACCGGCACAGAUAUGAGAGGAAGAUCAGCUUCGCGGGAGUUCUGGAUGAAAACGAAGACUCCAAAGAUUCUCUCCACAGCAGCAGCCACACCCUCAAGUCGGAUGCAGGUGCUGAGGAGAAGAAAGUUCCCAGCAGGAAGAUCAGGAUAGGAGGUUCUCGCCUGCUCCAGAUUAAAGGAACCCGCAGUUUCCAGGUGAAGAAGGGGGGUUCCUUGUCCAGCAUCCGCCGAGUCGGCAGCUUAAAGAGCAGCAAGUUAUCACGGCAGGACUCAGAGUCUGAGGCUGAGGAGCUGCAGCUGUCCCAGAGCAGGGACACUGUCACUGACCUAGAAGGGAGCCCUUGGAGUGCAAGUGAACCCAGCAUUGAGCCUGAGGGAAUGAACACUGCCGGCACAGAGGAGAAUUACCACAGAAACAUGUCAUGGCUUCAUGUCAUGAUCUUACUAUGCAACCAACAAAGUUUCAUUUGCACCCACGUGGACUACUGCCACCCCCACUGCUACCUGCACCACAGCCGCUCCUGUGCCCGGCUCGUCAGGGCCAUUAAACUGCUGUACGGGGACAGUGUGGACUCCCUGCGUGAGAGCAACAACAUCAGCAAUGUGGCUUUGAGAGGCAAGAAACAGAAGGAGUGCUCAGAUAAGUCCUGCCUAAGGACUCCUUCACUGAAGAAGAGGGUUCCAGAUGUCAACCUGGAAGGGAAAAAGGACUCCGGAAUGCUGAAGUACAUCAGGCUUCAGGUGAUGAGCUUGUCACCUGCUCCCUUGUCUCUGCUAAUCAAGGCAGCUCCAAUCCUGACAGAGGAGAUGUAUGGAGACAUCCAGCCCGCUGCCUGGGAACUGCUGCUCAGCAUGGAUGAGCACAUGGCAGGGGCAGCAGCUGCCAUGUUCCUGCUGUGUGCGGUGAAAGUACCGGAAGCUGUGUCGGACAUGCUGAUGUCCGAGUUCCACCAUGCAGAAACUGUACAGAGACUGAAUGCUGUCCUCAAGUUCCACACUCUUUGGAGGUUUCGCUAUCAGGUCUGGCCAAGGAUGGAAGAGGGAGCCCAGCAGAUUUUUAAGAUUCCGCCUCCCAGUAUAAACUUCACCUUGCCCUCACCAGUACUUGGAAUGCCAUCUGUCCCAAUGUUUGACCCUCCAUGGGUCCCUCAGUGCAGCGGGAGUGUCCAGGACCCCAUUAAUGAAGACCAGUCCAAAUCCUUCUCUGCCCGGGCUGUGUCCCGCUCUCAUCAGCGGGCAGAGCAUAUCUUAAAGAACUUGCAGCAAGAAGAAGAGAAGAAACGCCUUGGUCGUGAAGCCAGCCUGAUUACCGCCAUCCCCAUCACCCAAGAGGCUUGCUAUGAGCCCACCUGCACACCCAACUCAGAGCCUGAGGAAGAAGAAGAAGUCGCCAAUCUGACAUCCCGACGGCUGUCUGUGAGUCCAUCCUGCACCUCCAGUACAUCCCACCGGAAUUACUCCUUCCGGAGAGGGUCAGUCUGGUCUGUACGCUCAGCAGUCAGUGCUGAAGAUGAGGAACACACCACUGAACACACACCAAACCACCAUGUGCCUCAGCCUCCACAAGCAGUAUUCCCAGCAUGCAUCUGUGCAGCAGUCCUCCCCAUCGUUCACUUAAUGGAGGAUGGAGAGGUGCGAGAAGAUGGAGUGGCAGUCAGUGCUGUGGCUCAGCAAGUCUUGUGGAACUGUUUAAUUGAAGAUCCAUCAACAGUUCUUCGACAUUUCUUGGAAAAAUUGACUAUCAGCAAUAGACAAGAUGAGCUAAUGUACAUGCUGCGCAAACUUCUCUUAAAUAUCGGAGACUUUCCAGCUCAGACAUCACACAUCCUAUUCAACUACUUGGUGGGACUAAUCAUGUACUUCGUGCGGACUCCGUGUGAGUGGGGGAUGGACGCCAUCUCUGCCACACUGACCUUCCUGUGGGAGGUAGUCGGGUAUGUGGAGGGCCUCUUCUUCAAGGAUCUCAAGCAGACGAUGAAGAAGGAGCAGUGUGAGGUGAAGCUCCUGGUCACUGCUUCCAUGCCAGGUACCAAAACCCUGGUGGUUCAUGGACAGAACGAAUGUGACAUUCCAACCCAGUUGCCCGUCCAUGAGGACACUCAGUUUGAAGCCCUGCUGAAGGAGUGUCUAGAGUUUUUCAACAUCCCAGAAUCCCAGUCAACACAUUACUUCCUCAUGGAUAAACGAUGGAACCUCAUCCACUACAACAAGACCUAUGUUCGAGACAUUUAUCCCUUCCGGAGGUCCGUAUCUCCACAGUUGAACCUUGUGCAUAUGCAUCCAGAAAGGGGGCAGGAGCUCAUUCAGAAACAGGUGUUUACCAGGAAGCUGGAGGAAGUGGGGCGAGUGCUGUUUCUCAUCUCCCUCACCCAGAAGAUCCCCACAGCGCACAAGCAGUCACAUGUCUCCAUGCUGCAGGAGGAUCUUCUCCGGCUGCCCUCCUUCCCCCGGAGUGCAAUAGACGCGGAGUUUUCGCUCUUUAGCGACCCUCAAGCCGGGAAGGAACUGUUUGGCCUCGACACCCUUCAGAAAAGCCUGUGGAUCCAGCUCCUGGAGGAAAUGUUCCUGGGCAUGCCUAGCGAGUUUCCCUGGGGAGACGAAAUCAUGCUUUUUCUCAAUGUGUUCAAUGGGGCUCUGAUUCUUCACCCCGAAGACAGUGCUCUGCUCAGGCAGUAUGCUGCCACUGUCAUCAACACAGCUGUGCACUUCAAUCACCUCUUCUCUCUCAGCGGCUACCAGUGGGUUCUCCCCACCAUGCUGCAGGUAUAUUCUGACUAUGAGAGCAACCCUCAGCUGCGUCGAGCCAUCGAGUUUGCCUGCCGCCAGUUCUACAUUCUCCACCGGAAGCCCUUUGUGCUCCAGCUGUUCGCCAGUGUGGCCCCUCUCCUGGAGUUUCCGGAUGCUGCCACCAAUACCGGGUCCAGCAAAGGAGUGUCAGCUCAGUGUCUGUUUGACUUGCUGCAGUCCCUGGAGGGAGAAACCACGGAUAUUUUGGACAUUCUAGAGCUGGUUAAGGCUGAGAAGCCCCUCAAGUCACUAGAUUUUUGCUAUGGAAACGAAGACCUGACUUUCUCCAUCAGCGAAGCCAUCAAACUCUGUGUCACGGUAGUGGCUUACGCUCCUGAGUCAUUCAGAAGCCUUCAGAUGCUCAUGGUCUUGGAGGCAUUGGUUCCAUGUUACCUACAGAAGAUGAAGAGGCAGACUUCACAGGUCGAGACCGUGCCUGCUGCCCGAGAGGAGAUUGCUGCCACAGCUGCUCUGGCCACAUCCCUACAAGCCCUUUUGUACAGUGUGGAGGUCCUCACCAGGCCCAUGACAGCCCCACAGAUGAGCAGGAGUGAUCAAGGUCACAAGGGGACAACCACAGCCAAUCACACCAUGUCAUCUGGGGUGAACACCAGGGAAAACCUUCACUUGCUGGAGGAAGGGCAAGGCCUUCCCAGAGAAGAGCUAGAUGAAAGAAUUGCUCGAGAAGAAUUCAGAAGGCCCCGGGAAUCUCUGCUGAAUAUUUGCACAGAAUUCUACAAGCACUGUGGGCCAAGGCUGAAGAUUCUGCAGAAUCUGGCUGGGGAGCCGAGGGUAACUGCCCUGGAGCUGCUGGAUGUGAAGUCCCACAUGAGGCUGGCAGAAAUUGCACACUCCCUUCUGAAGCUGGCACCGUAUGACACCCAGACAAUGGAGAGCCGAGGUCUUCGGCGCUAUAUCAUGGAGAUGCUACCUAUUACCGACUGGUCAGCGGAGCCAGUGAGACCAGCCCUUAUCCUCAUUCUAAAGAGACUGGAUAGAAUGUUUAACAAAAUCCACAAGAUGCCUACCUUGAGGCGACAGGUUGAGUGGGAGCCUGCCAGCACUUUGAUUGAAGGGGUUUGUUUGACACUUCAGAGGCAGCCAAUCAUAUCCUUCCUGCCUCACCUUAGGUCACUGAUCAAUGUCUGUGUCAAUCUGGUGAUGGGAGUGGUAGGACCUUCCAGUGUGGCUGAUGGAUUACCCCUUCUUCAUCUCAGCCCUUAUCUCUCACCACCUCUGCCCUUCAGCACAGCUGUUGUCCGGCUUGUAGCAUUGCAGAUACAGGCUUUAAAAGAAGAUUUCCCUUUAAGCCAUGUGAUCUCCCCAUUCACCAAUCAAGAGCGAAGGGAAGGGAUGCUUUUAAAUCUGCUCAUCCCAUUUGUGCUCACAGUAGGAUCUGGAAGCAAAGAUAGCCCAUGGCUGGAGCAGCCCGAGGUACAGCUAUUGUUGCAGACUGUCAUCAAUGUGCUCCUGCCCCCCCGGAUCAUCAGCACAUCGAGGAGCAAGAACUUCAUGCUGGAGAGCUCCCCAGCCCAUUGCUCUACUCCUGGGGAUGCAGGCAAAGACUUGCGCAAGGAAGGGCUGGCUGAGUCCACCAGCCAGGCAGCAUACUUAGCCCUAAAGGUUAUUCUCGUCUGCUUUGAGCGGCAGCUGGGAAGCCAGUGGUACUGGCUGAGCCUGCAGGUGAAGGAGAUGGCUCUGCGGAAAGUGGGCGGCCUGGCCCUGUGGGAUUUCCUCGACUUCAUCGUGCGCACCCGGAUACCCAUCUUCGUACUCUUGCGCCCUUUCAUCCAAUGCAAGCUACUGGCCCAACCGGCAGAGAACCAUGAAGAACUUUCUGCCCGGCAACAUAUCUCUGACCAGUUAGAGCGGCGCUUCAUCCCCCGCCCUUUAUGCAAGAGCUCGCUUAUUGCAGAGUUCAACAGUGAACUGAAAAUUCUGAAAGAGGCAGUCCACAGUGGAUCAGCCUACCAAGGAAAGACAUCCAUCAGUACUGUGGGCACAUCCACCUCUGCCUACCGCCUGAGUCUGGCUACCAUGUCCCGCUCCAACACAGGCACAGGCACUGUCUGGGAGCAGGACAGUGAACCAUCCCAACAGGCUUCUCAAGACACCUUGAGUCGGACUGACGAGGAGGACGAGGAAAAUGACUCUGUGAGCAUGCCCAGUGUGGUAAGUGAACAGGAAGCUAGUCUCCUGAGUGCCCUUGGAAGGAGGCGGUUCUCCAGCCACGUCUCCAGCAUGUCUGCACCUCAGGCUGAGGUGGGCAUGUUACCCAGCCAAAGUGAACCUAAUGUCCUCGAUGACUCCCAGGGCCUGGCCGCCGAGGGCAGCCUCUCUAGGGUGGCAAGUGUACAGAGUGAACCUGGCCAGCAGAACCUCCUCCUGCAGCAGCCACUGGGGAGGAAAAGGGGCCUGAGGCAGCUAAGACGCCCUCUUCUGUCAAGGCAGAAGACUCAAACUGAACCCAGAAACCGCCACGGGGCUCGACUGUCCACCACUCGCAGGAGCAUUCAACCUAAAACAAAGCCAUCUGUUGACCAGAAGCGAUCUGUGACCUUCAUUGAGGCUCAGUCAGAGCCAACAGCUGCCCCAACAGACAUACUUCCUGCCACAGGCCAACCGCAGGGCUGCAGCCCAGGGCCAUCCCGGAAGCCGGAAGGAACUGACAAACCAGUGCUCACAUCCUCGCCUGCCAUUGUUGUUGCAGACCUUCACAGUGUGUCUCCCAAGCAGAGUGAGCCCCUUCUUGCUGAAGAAGAAGAACAAAAGGAGAAUACAGAAGUACAAGGUGCUGCAGUACACAGUCCCCUCUCUACUCAACUCUCAGACCCUGAUGACUUCACUGGCCUCGAGACAUCCAGCCUCCUACAGCAUGGAGAUACUGUCCUUCACAUCAGUGAGGAAAAUGGCACGGAGAACCCCCUGCUGUCCAGCCAGUUCACGUUCACUCCUCCUGAGCUGGGGGAGAAAGAUGCAGCACCAGACAAGUCCCAUGUUUAGUCUCUGUCGCAGGGGCAGGCACAGGAGACUGCUGACAGCAGAAUGCUUUUGAUGGGAAAGGUUAAUUCCAAAACAGCACUUUAGAGCCAGUGCGCGGCAUUAAGUCUGAGUAGAUUUAGCUGUCAAAGCUCUUUAUGUGUCAUAACCACCUUAAAAAUCAAUAGCUAAAAGUCUUCAGUCCUGUGAAGAUCAUAAAAACAGAGGAAUGGGGGGAAAGAGCCAUUCCACUGCACAUUCUGAAUACCUUGCUUUGAGCAGUUAAGAAUAUAUACUAUUACAGACAGUUGAGAGUAUAUACUAUUACAGACAGUUGAGAGUAUAUAACAUUACAGACAGUUGAGAAUAUAUACUGUUGCUUCCCUCAUAAGACCACUGACUAUAUGUUCUAAAGAGGAAUGCAAUCUUUUAAGAUACUCACAUUAUACAUUUCCUGAAAAUGUUUAUUUUUGUAGUUUCAAAAAUUUUACAUUAUGUGGCUAUAUGCAUUGCAACUCACAUAAAAACAACCAACAAGAAAAAUAAUUAGAUUGGAGACACUAAAUUACAAACCUGGCAGUUAUUUUUUGUUUUGGUUAACAAUAUAUCUAGAAAUUAAAGGAACAAAACACUAUUUUUUAGAGCUGUGGAAUUUUCAAAAUUUAUUUUUAACUGUCAUUUUCACUAAAUGCUAUAAAUUAAAAUUCUAAUGCCACAGACCAUUUCAUAUCACAUUAGGAAUUCUCAGAUAUGAUUCUGAAUUAAUGACAUAGACAGCUAUACAAUUAUAAAAAGCUAAAUGUAAACAGCAUUGCUUGAAAGAGAUGGCACUCCUACUUCUAGCCUCAACUACAUACAGCAGUGUCUAAAUUGGAUCUAUUGGGAAAGGGGAUUAUAUUUCCUUACAGUUCUUGUGCCUGCCCCUGAGGGCAUAUUUUCAUACAUUAAAGUUAAGUUGUUAGAAUUAGAUCGGAAAAUAAUUUUUCUCAAUAGUCAAAUAUUCUAUGAUCCUUAAGAGAUCUCAGUUAAUGAGAAAAAAUACAGAGUGAUCAAUUUCUUCAUAGACUCAGACAGCUUGUAUAUAUCACAAAUAGGGCUUUAACUUGAAGUGCAGUUACUUCAAAAAAUAAAAAAAAA